AUGGGUAACGCAGACUAUGCAUACCCGAACGUGGAGUGCGGGCACAGAGUGGCCAUUCCACCUCCUCAACCAUUCUUCAAGUCCCUCAAGUACUCCUUGAAAGAGACCUUUUUCCCAGAUGACCCGUUUAGGAGGUUCAAGAACCAAACACCCUCUAUGAAGUUCGUCCUUGGACUUCAGUACUUCUUCCCCAUCUUUGAGUGGGCACCCAAAUACACCCUCCACUUCUUGAAAUCAGACCUCAUAUCUGGCAUCACCAUUGCCAGUUUGGCCAUUCCUCAAGGCAUCAGCUACGCCAAGCUCGCCAACCUGCCUCCAAUUCUUGGACUUUAUUCGAGCUUUAUACCGCCGUUGAUUUAUGCCAUGAUGGGGAGCUCAAGGGAUUUAGCAGUGGGAACUGUGGCGGUUGGAUCGCUUCUGAUGGCUUCCAUGUUGGGUCGAGUGGUGAACUACAACGAGAAUCCAAACCUUUUUCUCCACUUGGCUUUCACUGCUACAUUCUUUGCUGGAGUUUUGCAGGCAUCACUGGGCCUCUUGAGGUACUCUAUUAUACUAUAUAGUUCUACUUGUGCUAUGUUAUAA